AUGGAAUCACUCUUUUGUCACAAUGGGAGGAGUGGAGAUGGCGAAGUGAAGGAACAUGAGAGUUCUAUUAGGCCUAGCAGUGGGGUUCAAUGCAUGAUGAAUGAUUAUAUGAGCUAUGCAAGCUCUGAUCUGUUUGAGAUGGAGAACAUUGGUGUGAUUGGGGUUGGAACUUUAAAUUACACAAAUCCAGAUCUCUCCUCUCUCAUUCACCAGGUUUGGGCAAUCGCAGACUCCAAACGACAAGGAUUUAUAGGUUUUAAGGAGUUCAUUACUGCGAUUCAGAUUGCAGGACAUGAAUUAAACAAAGAUCUCCUUAAAGUGACGGAUGACAGAGAGGUUAUAAAACCACCAUUGAUGGAAGGUAUGGAUGACUUGCUAGCAGUAAGUAGUCAUAUUAUUUAUUCUUUUUACAGUUACUUCAAAAGGAGACUUUUAGUUCCAUUGACCUUUUAUUGGUGCUCCUCUUCCUCUAGAAGCAUAAGGGUUCUAAAAGCAAUGACAAUUAUAAGACAGUACUAUGCUACAGCCAUCUUUCUCAGUAAAUUUGUUUACAUCAAAAUCUACCAAGAAGGAGCUCACAUUGGACCGGAGCCUACAACUGACAGAUUUGUUAUUGUUAUGCUUAUUGUUCUUCCUUACUCUAGACCUAAUGAAAGGAGCAUUCUUGGGAACACUAUUGCUAUUAAUGCAGACAUGCCAUUUAGUGGUCUAACCACUUUUGGAGGAUCUUUUCUGUCAAAAUUUGAGUGA